ACCAGGUUUCAGUUUGACGCUGAAGAUGAGCUGAGAAGAAGUCACAGUUGUGAGAUGGCAGACGUUAUUAACUUAUUGCACACUUCUCACUGAACAAUUGAAGAAAAUGUAUUACAUGUUUGCUUUGUUCUGCUUGGGCUGGUGGCAUCUGAUUGAUAUGUUUGGUGAGUCUGUGUCGGUGACGGAGGGAGAUUCUGUGACUCUAAACACUAAUCUCACUGAAAUACAUGAACAUGAUGAUAUACUGUGGAAAUUUGGAGCUGAAAGGUUUCAAAUAGCUAAAAUGAAGACAAGGAAUCGAAAUGUUCCCACAUAUGACGGUCCUGAUGGGAGAUUCAGAGACAGACUGAAGCUGGACGAUCAAACUGGAUCUCUGACCAUCACGAACAUCUCGACUCAACACGCUGGAGAUUAUCAGCUAGAGAUAACAGGAGCGAAAAAAUCUUUAAAAACAUUCAGUGUUUCUGUCUAUGCUCGUCUGCCUCUUCCUGUCAUCAGCAGUAACUCUUCAAACUGUUCAUCAUCAUCUUGUUCAUUGUUGUGUUCGGUGGUGAACGUGGGUCAUGUGACUCUCUCCUGGUACAAAGGAAACAGUUUAUUGUCCAGCAUCAGUGUGUCUGAUCUCAGCAUCAGUCUCUCUCUACCUCUGGAGGUGGAAUAUCAGGAGAAAAACACCUACAGCUGUGUGAUCAACAACCCCAUCAGAAACCAGACCACACAUCUGAACAUCAGUCAGCUCUGUCACACGUGUUCAGACUCUGUUUAUCUGAUAGCACUGAUUUCUGCUGCUGCUGGAUCUCUGUUGAUCGUAGCUGGGGUUGUGAUCUUCUGCAUCUGCAGGAAAUGUCAGACAAAAAGGACAGAGAGGACUCAUACUGUACGAUUUAAAACAACAUCCAAAAAAAAGAAAUCAAUCGAUGGGCAUCUGUAUGGAAAUUUCACAGCAAAGCCUUGAUCAUAUACAUAAUUUGUUGUAAUAGAAUAAAUGUUAUACAUUAACAAUAUCUAAUAGAAAACAAAUAAAAGAGGGAAAGAAAGGCUGAAAGAAG